GGGGUUUUUUUAGAGCAGAGCUAAAAUGGCGAAGGUGAAGCGCUCGAGAGUGUGGCUGUACUUCACAGCAAAAGAUAUAAACUCAGCAGCCUGCAACAAAUGCUUAAAGGUAAUACUGUGCAAAGGAGGUAACACCUCAAAUCUAAUGAAACACAUGGCGUCGCAUGGCGUUCUUUUAAAAGCCGAGAAAUGCACCGCAUUUGAUAACUUGCAGCAAGACAUCACACCGAGCACAUCUACUGCGGGUGUGGUGCCUGUUCUCGGAGUUAGCAACAUCCAAGAACCCGAAGAGGAGAGUCCGGCCCCUAGCCCUGCCAGUGUAGCAGAAAUGAUGACUGAUGAUGAUGAUGGCAGCAGCACCCGUUCUUCUCUGGAUACUCCCUUCACCCUGGCCAAAAAGGCUAAAAUGACGAAAGAAAAAGUGGACGAAAUUCAUAGGGCAGUGACAAAGUUUAUAGUCAAAGAUCUCCAUCCAUUUUCAACGGUGGAGUCACCAUCAUUCAGGGAGAUGUCCACUGCCCUUAAUCCAAGGGAUCAGCCCCCAUCGAGGGAUGAUCUAUCCAACACACUUGUACCUGCUUGGUAUUGCGUGGAGAAAAGCAACCUCAUCCAGAAUUUGGCACAGGUUAACAAGGUCGCUAUCACCUGUGAUGGAUGGACCAGUAUUGCUCAGGACCAUUUCCUCACAGUGACUGUUCACUACAUCUACAAAGGCAAAAUGAAGCAGAAUGUGCUUAGCACUGAAGCAGUUUGUGAGUCACAAACAGGUCCAGUUGUCGCUAAAGAAAUAUCAAGUCUUGUGGAGCAGUUUCACUUGGGAGGGAAAAUAAUUGCUGCCACUGUAGACAAUGCCUGCAACAUGGAUGUUGCUUUGAAAAAAUUGGACUUUUUAAAAGUGGGAUGCUUUGCUCAUACCCUCAACCUGGCCGCACAAAAGGUGUAUGACAUUCCUGCAGUUUCCAGCUGGUGUGCCAAAAUCCGUUCAGUUGUGGUGUGGCUCAAACGUUCAUCGUUGAGCAAAACUGUGCUCAGAGAAAAGCAGCGAAUCCUGAAUUUGCCAGAGCAUAAUGUAAUUCUUGACGUUAAGACGUGCUGGAAUUCUCUCUUCCUAAUGGUGGAGAGAUUUAUGGAGCAGUUUGAUGCAAUCCAGGCAGCUGCUCUGGAUCUACGGCUGAGGAAGCCUAUGGAGAAGGACAAGCUAGAAAGGUUCACGCACACCGAUUUAAUGAAGGCAGAGGAGUUUAUUAAGUGCAUGCAAGUCCUGUACACGUCAACCAUGUGUGUGUCAAGUGACACGUCACCCACAUGCAGCCAAAUCAUCCCCAUCCUGGCCAAGCUGGAGGCACAUUUCAGACGAUGUGAUGAAGACAGUGUUUUCACCUCUUCAAUAAAAGGGAAAGUCUGGGGUAGUCUGCAGAAAAGAUAUCAGGAUGAAAACCUUCAGAAAUUUCUGAAGGAGGCCAUGAUGAUGGACCCACGUUUUAAAGGCAGGCUAGGUGGUGAGGCAGCUACUGACAUCUGGGACAGGUUGGAGAAGGCAGCAGUUGCAAAUGCCACAGCAGCAGUUGCACAGCCUCCCACUGAGGACCCCAAAGCACACAGCGAGGUGGAUGAUGCUGACAUGGACAAGCCAGAAAAAUAUCUAAGUAAGGUCCAGAAGUCACCCUUAGAAAAGCUGUUUGAGUAUGAAGACAGAGAGCUUCAACAGGCUGCUUCUCAAGCGGGUAGAGUCCCCUCAAUCACAGAGCAGGUACAGAAGGAGCUUCAAAUAUACAAAAGACUGCCAGGAAUUACCUCUGGACAAGACCCUGUGGCCUGGUGGUGGAGUAAGAGGGAUACACUCCCCAAUUUAUCUGCCCUAUCAGAAAAAUACUUGUGUGUCCCACCCUCAUCAACGCCUUCUGAAAGAGUUUUCUCUUGUGCUGGGCAUGCCAUCAGCCAAGAGCGAUGCCGUAUAGCUCCAGAAAAGGCUAAUAUGAUUAUCUUCUUGCAAAAAAACUGCUAAACAUCACAGGUUUCAUGACAAAGUUUGUGUUUUCAAUUGUUUAAGCACUGGUUCCAACCAAAGAAGUUAUGUUUUAUUGACAGAAAGGGCUAACUUUGUUAUCAUUUUGCUUAAAAAAAAUUACUGGGAAAAAUAAAAACACAAGAGGUUUUUGGACGAAGUUUGUGUUCUUUAUUCUUUAAGCACCGGCACCGUUUCAAAAGUACCGUUUUGGCACCGGUAUCGAAUAAAACCUAAACGAUACCCAUCCCUACACCUGAAAGUCUGUUUGUGAUGAAGUGUAAAUGCUGAGAGAAAACCUCUGUUUUGCUUUUUUUUGAAGGCUAUGGGAGUUUGAAUUAGAGGAUUUUGAAGAAGAGGAAGCCAAACCUCUUCUGAGGCUGGUAUGGGCGGUAAACGUCAUCAAUAAAAUGAGGGACGUUGAAUUUCAAGCUAGAAUGCUUCUUCAAUUCUCAGAGGCCAUACCUCCUA